AUGGCCGCACGCAAGAUCCAAGUCGGCCACCUCGACGUCCGCGUCACCGCCGAGCCCCUCACCCCAGCCGCCUUCGCGCCCUUCGGCGACGUCGUCUGCAACCCGCGGCCCGACGUUCUCCCCUCCGCCACCGCCUCCUCCCGACGCGCCGCCUCCGCGCCGCUUCCCGCCAACGCCGUCUCCGCCAACCAGGGCUUCGCCAUCCAGUACCGCCGCGUCAGCCGCGUCGCCAACCUCUACGCCUCCUCGCCCGCGCCCAGCCGCCACCCCGGCGAGCCCGUCACCAGCCUGUUCGUGUGCGCCGCCCGGCCUCUCCACAGCAGCAGGACCAGGCAAACGGCCGAGUUUGUCGUCCGCCACCUCGAGCGCCACCCCUUCACCGCCCAGACCUUUUCCCCGCUCGCCUCCUCGGCCUCGCUGUACCUCGUCAUCGUCGCGCCGAGCCUGCCCCCGGCCGUGGGGGACGGCACCGAGGAGAUGGCCGUCGCGGCGCCGCCCGGGGCCACGCCCGGCCGCGGCCUGCCGAACUUGAAGGAGCUCCGCGCGUUCGUGGGCACGCGCGCGCAGGCGGUGACGUACGGGGCGGGGACGUGGCACGCGCCAAUGGUGGUGCUCGGCGCGCCGGGCACGACGCUGGACUUUGUGGUGUCGCAGUUUGCGAGCGGCGUGGCUGACGAGGACUGCCAGCUGCUCGAGUUUGAGGCCGAGGGGCGGCCGGAGCCCCAGCUCAGGGUGCAGAUUCCGGUUUCAAAUUUACCGACGAUGGAGAAGCUGUAA